UUCGUCAUCUCCGCAUAUACCCCAUCCGAAACUGCAUACUUUACAAUUCCCAAGUCAUCUCUACCUUGUCAUCCAAGCAACAUGGAAAUCAUCAAGAUUUUCAUAAUACCGUUAAUCUUAGCUGUAACCCUUCUCCAAGGAGAUGCACAAGAGCUUCCCAUCGAAAAUCCCAAUAAGCCGGAAGACCGUGUCCCUGCAACGCUUACCUUUUAUCGGACGGAUGGAAAUAGUCAGUACGUCGCAGUUUCAUCGAAAUUAAGCGACACGAGUGAAGAUGAGGAUUGGCAAGAUUUCUUCAGCGACGCCUCAACCGUCGAUGUCAUCGCGUGUGUGACAGGAAUUUGGAGAUUCUUUCCUUCCACAAACUAUCACGUUACUCCCGAAGCCACGGGGUACAUCCUUGGGAAAAGUGAUAAAUCCAGUUGUUAUUUCAUUGGCCAAAAUGGAGCUGUGUUUCUUGACUUAUUGUCAUAUCGGGGGUUGGGUGGGGACGACGUAAACUGGGAUGCGAUUCACUUCUUCACGGAAGAUUACGGGGGUGGCGAGACGAUGUCGUUUUACGCCCCAUUUACCGGCAUCCCGGACGAAUUAAUACCAAACAUUCCAAACCAAGUUUUCGUCACGAGAUCCUUCCUCAUCACGGGGAAACAACCGGCUGACCCUGAUCCCGUAAAUACGCCGGUUUACAGGAUAAUUUUUGAUCCUUUAGGCGACGCUAGGGAAGGUUCGGUUUGCUUUGUGUUAAAUAAGGAAACUGUUGAGGGGAAGGUUAGCAGGAUGCAUUUCCAGGAACGCAUGUACUACGUGGAUGAUAGUGAUGGAGGAGUAAACUCGCUAUUUAUGGGAUCCUUGCAGCAUUUUACGCUGAAUAAUAUGAUCGAAGAUGAUUGUAAAGUAAAUUCUACGGUGGGACAAAAACGUCUGGAGAGUCCUAGGUCUGUGGCAACGUUCCCACUUAUUGGUGCUUAGAAAUAGUUUAGUGUUAAAAAGUGUGUUAUAAAUACAUGUACAUGUAUCUAAUUGUUUCUUGUAAAGUACAGUAAUAAAUACAUGAUGUGAGAA